UGUAGAAUUAACAGAAUAUUUUUUUAUGUCAAAUUAAAUAUAUGCAUUACUACACCAUUACUUGAUUGCAUGAUUUUAAACGAGACUCCCAAGAAUGCGCAAAUUCCCUGCACAAUUAGUUAAGUCAAUUAAUUUCUGUGUUUCCUUUAGCUGUGAGCCUGUGAAUAAUUAAAUGUGGUGUCCACUCCUCUUAACUUACCCUUAAAAGGACAUUUAAGAGAGUGAUAGGACACGGUGUGUGAGUUACAGUAAGGGAGCAUCUACUAGCCAGUACUUGUUUAUUAUUUACUAACUCAGCAAUCAAAGACAUCAGAAAACUGCCUCUUGAACAAAUAUGGUCAAAAUGAACCAAACCGUAGCCCAAUCCAAUAUGACGGCAUCAACCAGCAAUCCACAAGUCAAAAUGGAUCCCUUAAUGAGCAUCACUAUAUUCAUCCACUGCAUAAUAUGUGUGCUUGGUGUUGUUGGCAAUGGACUGGUCAUCUAUGUAACAGGCUUCCGAAUGAAAAAGACCGUCAAUACCAUCUGGUUUCUGAACCUGGCAAUCGCCGAUUUCAUCUUUACAUUCUUCCUGAUUUUUAACAUAAUUUACGAAUGCCGUAAUUUCGACUGGCCUUUUGGUGACUUCAUGUGCAAGUUAAACAGCCUGGUGACGGUGCUGAAUAUGUUUUCUAGCACUUUCCUAUUGGCUGCUAUCAGUCUGGACCGUUGCCUGUCCACGUGGGUGGUGGUUUGGGCCCGGACCAAACGAACAGUACUGAAGGUAAAGAUAUUCUGCCUGCUUUUAUGGUUAGUGUCAGUUGCCUGCAGCCUUCCUUUGGUCAUAUUUCGGGAAACAAACUUUAAUGCUAAAGAACAAAAGAUGAAAUGUUUAAAUAAAUAUCCAGAUGGACUACAGACGUACAAGAGGCUGGUAAUGUUCCGUUUUGUGGUUGGUUUCCUCCUUCCCUUCAUCAUAAUCUUUGCUUCGUACCUGGCAAUUGGAGUACGAGUUCAGCGCCUCCGGAACAACAAUAAACUCAAACCGUUUCGUAUUAUCCUGGCUGUUACCCUGGCCUUCUUCUUUUGCUGGCUUCCAUUCUAUAUACUCAUUUUCAUUGAUGUGCGGAUCCGUGAAAUCAUCUCUACAAACCCACCAGCUGAGCUUACAAGAUUUAAGGAACUUUUGGACUCGAUAAGACUCUUCAUAUUCAGUCUUGCCUACUUGAACAGCUGCCUGAAUCCCAUCUUGUAUGUAUUUAUGUGUGAAGAUUUCAAGAAAAAGCUCAGACAAUCUUUGGUGAUGGUGUUCGAGCAUGUGUUUGUGGAGGAACACCUGGCUCUCCUCUCACAUUCGCAAUCCAAACGCAAUACCCAUUUCCAUACUGGAACAGAGAUGACCAAUUCAUUAGCACAUGAGAGUUAAAACAAGGCUGCACUCGCUGAAUAGCAAAUGGAGUACGAUGAGGAGAUGAAUAAAUAAGGUAUUAUACUGUAUACUGUAUGUGUUGCGCAAUGUUAAAAUAUGAACAUUGCUCCAAAGUAUGCUUUAGUGACAAACAGUCAAGUUGGUUUAUUUGUAGUUAAUGUUAAUUCCAUGAUAAUGGUAAUACUUUAACAUGAUUCAGUAUUGGUGUUUUUAUUAGUAGUAGUAGUCGUAGUAGUAGUAGUAGCAGUAGUAUUGUAUAGGCCUACAAACUCUUUGUAUCCCACUUGUAUAUACACUACUGUUCAAAUGUUUGGAAUCAUAUAUGCAACUUGUAUGUUUUUGAAAGAAAAUUAUGUUGUUGUUUUUUAAACAGAGGAUGCUUUCAAAUGAAUAAGAAUUAAAGACAAACAGAAUAUUACAAAUGACUAUUUCAAAGAAAUUAUGUAAUCUUUAAACUUUUGUUUAUACACAAAUCCUUUCAUUGAAGCAAUCACAACUUAGGCACUCUGGUUGCACUUUAUUUUACAGUAUGUGUACUUUCAGCAUACAACUACGUGUACUUCAUAUGGGUUAAAGUUAGGAUUGGGUUUAGGUUUAGGGUUAGUACCUAGUAAUUACUGAAGUUGUUGUAACUAUAUACUAAGUAAAUGUAGAACAGUACUGUAAAAUAAAGUGCUACCGGCUUUCUAGUAGUCAGUUUAUAAUAGUAUGAUAUUUAUAUUAUAUUACAGUUUUACAUAUUUAAAAUUCAUACUGUAUUCAAAGGGAUUGUUCACCAAAAAUACAAUUUCUCUCAUCAUUUACUCAACCUCAUGCCAUCCCAGUUGUGUAUGACUUUCUUUCUUCAGCAGAAUCAUCAUAUAAAGUAACCCAUAUAACUGUUUAAAUCCAUAUCUUCAGACGCAAUAUACUGUGAAAAAAAAAAAACAGUUUCAAUGGUAUGAUCAAUAAGUCAUGUCAACUUAUAUGUUUUCAUUACUUUAACUUACCAAAAUAAGUUAAACAAUUUGUACAAGAAAAAAUGACUUAAAUGUCAAAUUGUACAAGAUUCAACUGAAAUGUUUAAGUCAGUUUAAUAUAAUCUAAAUUCAAGGGGGCCCAACAAAGUGUAAUGAACUUAACCAUUUAAGUUCUUACUGGCAUUCUCAGUUCGGCUGUGGGAACAGAUUAAUUCACCUUGGUGGUUCGCAACAGCUCGCCUGGGCGACAUUUAGGAAAACUUAGAAUCUGCUGCUAAACACCUUCGUACUGGCAAUGGUCCACAUCAUCGGUAGGCGUGACCUGGGGUUCCACCAACUCCCAAGCCGACAGCUGAUUCCAUUUAUAUCUUUCAGUCAGCUAAUAUCAGUCAACAAGAACAUACUGGCAUAGUGCAAAAUAACCUAAAUCUGUACGGUCGUUCGCAUAGAGGCGCUUUCCAAGGACAUGUUGCGUGAUUUUGUUGUUGUUGUUUAAUUAUUCUACAGAAAGUAUCAAAUCUA